CAGAAAGAACAGUCAAAAUGCAGGCAGGGCGCAGGACAAAGCACUCGGGACAAAAUAAAAAAAAAAAAACAGACUUUUUUUAAAUUUUCAAAUUUCCCGCCGCCGGCGUCACUCUUACGUCCCGACGUCACAGGGACCAGAACACAGAAGCCGGAUGCUGGAGGAGAUGGCUGGGGACGCUGCAGGGGGACACAUCGCGGGAGCGAAGGACAAGGUAAGCUCUGCAGGGACUCCCUAUGCAACGCCGCAUGGUAAGCCCGAGUGUAGCUCAGGGUUACCGCUUUUGGUACUGAAA